ACCAGGCAAUUUAGAGCCGCGCGCCUGGCGGGAAUGUAAUAUGGCGGAGUAACUAUCUGAGGUAGUUAGUACAGAAUCUCAGGGGUGACUUCGGCUCACGUCUCCUCAGCAGGUGUAAAGUGCUGAGCGAGGAGUGUUUGGGGUACUUGGCCAGGAUGCCGAACAUCAAAAUCUUCAGUGGUAGCUCCCACCAGGACUUGUCCCAGAAAAUUGCCGACCGCCUGGGCCUGGAGCUCGGCAAGGUGGUGACUAAGAAAUUCAGCAACCAGGAGACCUGUGUGGAAAUUGGUGAAAGUGUACGCGGAGAGGAUGUCUACAUUGUACAGAGUGGUUGUGGUGAAAUCAAUGACAAUAUAAUGGAACUUUUGAUCAUGAUUAAUGCCUGCAAGAUUGCUUCAGCCAGUCGAGUUACUGCAGUCAUUCCCUGCUUCCCUUAUGCCCGACAAGAUAAGAAGGACAAGAGCCGGGCUCCCAUCUCAGCCAAGCUUGUUGCAAAUAUGCUGUCUGUAGCAGGCACAGAUCAUAUCAUUACCAUGGACCUACAUGCUUCUCAAAUUCAGGGCUUUUUUGAUAUCCCAGUGGACAAUUUGUAUGCAGAACCAGCUGUUCUGAAGUGGAUACGAGAGAACAUCUCCGAGUGGCGGAAUUGCACCAUUGUCUCACCUGAUGCAGGUGGUGCCAAGAGAGUGACCUCCAUUGCAGACCGGUUGAAUGUGGACUUUGCUUUGAUUCACAAAGAACGAAAGAAGGCAAAUGAAGUGGACCGCAUGGUGCUGGUGGGAGAUGUGAAGGAUCGGGUGGCCAUUUUGGUGGAUGACAUGGCCGACACUUGUGGCACAAUCUGUCAUGCAGCUGACAAACUUCUCUCAGCUGGAGCCACAAAAGUUUAUGCUAUCUUGACUCAUGGAAUUUUUUCUGGUCCUGCCAUUUCUCGUAUCAAUAACGCAUGCUUUGAAGCAGUAGUUGUCACCAACACCAUACCUCAGGAGGAUAAGAUGAAGCAUUGCUCCAAAAUACAGGUCAUCGACAUCUCCAUGAUCCUUGCAGAAGCCAUCAGGAGAACUCACAAUGGAGAAUCCGUUUCCUAUCUGUUCAGCCAUGUCCCUUUAUGAUAGUAUAAUUUCUGAGGAGUUUAAAAGAUAAAGUAAGCCCCAUCCCUUGUUUCCCCUAUUUGACUCCACCUGACCCCUUGUCUUCGUUUAAAAAGUUCAGCUUGCUCCAGUGUAGUUUACCCAUAAUGAGGUAUUAUAUAGCAUUUCUCCUAAAUUAGGGAAAGGCAGAUUGAGAAUAAGUGCUGGAAUUUCCUAUAGCAUUGUCUCAGCUCAGUUGCAGUAAAGAUUCAGAGAGCAUUGUGUAGAGGAGUUGUGUAUGGGGAAGCUCAUAUGAUUUUUGCAUGUAAAUGCUUUAGGGUUUCCUUGGCUCAAAACUACUAGCUAGAAAGCAAACCCAAUCCCCACUUUCCCACUUUCGACAAGU